UCGGGCAACGAGCGCGCGGAGCGGGCCCGGCUCGCAGGGGCUGGGAGGGGUGGGCUGGGAGGGGUGGGCUGGGGGGAACAUGGCGGCGGCGCGGGAAAAGGGGAAAGCUGUCGUGAAGGCUGGGAAGCGCAGUGUGUCCCAGCCCCCGUUCAUGGUGGGCUCCAUCGUCAGGAUCCUCAUGGAAAACUUUCUAACGUACUCUGUCUGUGAAGUACGUCCAGGGCCAAACCUGAACGUGGUUCUAGGUGCUAAUGGCACAGGCAAGUCAAGCAUUGUUUGUGCCAUCUGCCUGGGACUGGCUGGAAAACCUUCUUUCCUAGGUCGAGCUGAUAAGAUCGGUCUCUUUGUGAAGCAUGGGUGCAUGAAAGGCACAGUGGAAAUUGAACUGUUUAAUUCACCAGACAAUAUUACUAUCACACGUGAGAUUCAUGUGGUGAACAACGCAUCAGUGUGGUUUAUCAACGGAAAACCAGCAACCCUGAAAGCGGUAGAAGAACACAUUGCAGACUUAAACAUCCAGGUGGACAAUUUGUGCCAAUUUCUUCCUCAGGACAAAGUUGGAGAAUUUACAAAACUGAGUAAGACUGAGUUGCUUGAAGCCACUGAAAAAUCCAUAGGUUCUCCGGAAAUGUACCAGUUUCAUUGUGAGCUGAAAAAUUUCAGAGAAAAGGAAAAAGAACUGGAGAACUUGUGCAGAGAAAAAACCACCUCGUUGGAGAAAAUGAAGCAGAGGGUUGAACGGUACAAGCAAGAUGUUGAAAGAUACCAUGAAUGCAAGCGCCAUAUAGACUUAAUAGAGAUGCUUGAGAGGAAAAGACCAUGGGUGGAAUAUGAAAAUUUUCGUGAACAGCACGAAGAAGUGAAACAGAACAGAAACCAAGUUAAGAAAGAACUCAAGUGUCUGAAAGAAAUGCAGGCCCCACGGACAAGAAGAAUCCAAGAAGUUGAAGAAAAUUUAAGGAAUCUGGAUAUGAAAACCAGAGAUAAUACUGCUGAAAUUAGAAAUAUUUCCCAGAAAUGUAAAGAAAAACAAGAUGCUUUGGAGAUGAAAGAGAAACAGAUUGAAGAAAUUAAUCAAGCAUUCAGAAUGAAAAAGGAUGAGGAAACAAACAGGCAGAAGAAAAUACAGCAAACUCUAAUAAUAAUAGAGGAGUGGCAGAAUGAGCUGGAUGAAAUGGUAACCUGGGAGAAACUUCAGCAGCAAAUUGAUGCUGUUAAUGCUGAGCUGAAAAAAUUACAAGAAGAAAGGGCAAAUAUUGAUAAUGAUAUCAGUGAUAUAAGAGCAGAAAAAAACAGCCAAGAGCAGGAAGAGAAAAGAAUAAUUGAUCGCCUUGGACAACUUAAUAAUAUAAUGCAUAUGAAGGAAGAGAAGCUUAAAAUGAGAUUCCGAGACACACACACUGCUCUUAUGUGGCUAAGAAACAACAAAGACAAGUUUAAAAAACAAACUUGUGAACCCAUGAUGCUUGAAAUCAAUGUGAAAGACAGUGCACAUGCAAAAUACAUUGAAAAUCACAUUUCGGGCAAUGACAUGAGGGCUUUCGUUUUUGAGUGUCAAGAAGAUAUGGAAACAUUUCUGGCGGAGGUGCAUGAUCAUCAGAAACUAAGAGUGAAUGCUGUAUGUGCACCUGCUGAAUCACAUGCUGGAAGUUUACCUUCAAGACCGAUUGAAGAAUUACACCGAUAUGGAUUUUAUUCAUACUUACGAGAGUUAUUUGAUGCUCCUCCUCCUGUGAUGAGUUAUCUUUGUUACCAGUACCGUGUUCAUGAUGUUCCUGUGGGAACACAGAAGACCAGAGACAUGAUUGAAAAGGUUAUACAGGAAACAAAUCUGAAGCAAAUGUAUACAGCAGAAGAAAGAUACAUUAUUAAACUAUCUUAUUACACAAAUCAAAGGCUUUCUAGUAACACGUGCUUGAGGGAGGCACAGUAUCUCACUAUUUCAGUGGAUACGGAUGAAAGAGGACAGUUGGAAAACCAAGGGCAGGACAUCAGGAAUACAUUAAAGUCAUUGGAUGCACAUUUGACUGCACUGUUCGACAAACAGAAACUUCUGGAACGCCAGGACAAUAAGGUCAGGCAAGAGAAGAAGAUGCUGUUGGAGAGAGGAAAACAGAGGAGGCAGUUGGAAUCAAAAAUUGGUGUGAAGUAUGAUAGUUUAAGACAGUUGGAACAGGAUGCUAUUGAUCUACAGGAGGAAUAUCAGCUGACAAAUGUAAAGAUCAAAGAAAUAAAUGAACAGAAAUCAGAACUUGUUACUGAAUUGAUGCAUCUCGCGAAGAAGAUCAUACCACUCAAUGUCGUCAAAGUAGCUUUGAGUCUUCAGAUGACCAGAGCAACUGCCAAGAAGAACAGACUGCAGUUAGAGUACAAAGCAGGAACCGUACAGCUAAGAGCUGCACAGCAACGUUUUCAUGAACUGGAUAAUAAGAAGCGACUUCUUUAUGAUAAGUGCAUAGAAUUGUUGAAACAAGCUCGACAUGUCUGCAGAUUUGGUCCAGGUCAAGAUUUUCCAGAAGAAUUUCAAGUUGCUUUUCAGACUCUUCCAAACACAUUGGAGGAAAUUGAUGCUCUUCUGAAUGAAGAGAAAACCAGGGCUUCCUGUUUCACAGGCCUCAGUUCUUCGGUUGUUGAAGAAUACAAUAAGCAAACACAAGAAAUACAGCAGUUGACAGAAUAUCUAGAGGGAAAGAAAAAUGAGUUGAAUAACUAUAAGCAAAACAUUUCACAGGUCAAAGAAAAGUGGCUAAACCUCUUGCAAGAGAUGAUCGCACAAAUUAAUGAAAAGUUCAGUAAGUUCUUUAGUUCUAUGCAGUGUGUUGGUGAAGUUGAUCUUUACAUGGAGAAUGAGGAGGAGUAUGAGAAGUAUGGAAUUCGUAUUAGAGUCAAAUUCCACAAUAGCAGUGAACUUCAUGAAUUGACUCCAUAUCAUCAAAGCGGAGGUGAGAAAACUGUUUCCACUAUGUUAUACCUGAUGGCUCUGCAAGAACUCAACAGAUGUCCUUUCAGAGUUGUUGAUGAAAUAAAUCAGGGAAUGGAUCCAAUGAAUGAGAGAAGAGUUUUUGAAAUGGUUGUGGAAACUGCUUGUAAAAAAAGGACAUCUCAGUACUUCCUCAUUACACCAAAGCUCCUGCAGAAUCUCACUUACAACGACAAGAUGACUGUGCUGUUUGUCUACAAUGGACCUUUUAUGCUGGACACGUUCAAAUGGAACACGAAGCGCUUCAGGAAACGGCAACGGCGGCUUUCAAGGAUGACUGAAUAUGGUAUAUAGCUAUAGAUCCAUAGUUCUACAGAAAUAUUUUAUAUAUCUUUCUUGAAACAAACGGCUUUCAAGAAUUGAGAAAUUGUCCAAGAGGAAAACUCUCAAAGAAUUGAUAAUUGAGAAUUUUGGUUCUUCAAAACUUACACAAAUGUUUGGCAGAUUUGAAAUGCAUGAUUUUCUUUUUCAAGUCUUUCAUGAUGGUCACUUUCUGCAAGUAACCUACUUUUCUCAAUAGUAGGUUUAAAUAAUUUUUUUUUUUCUAUUCUGUCAGUUAAUGCAGCAUCAGAAGUGCAGGUAAUUUUUCUAGGUUAUCCUGGACUUAUUCUGUGACUGUUGUUUUUUAGAGGUUGGGGUUUUUUUCCAAAAAUUGGAAUUUGCUUUUGGUAAAUAAUAUCCACAGAUACGGAUAUUAGCCCAUUUCCCCAUUGAAAUGAAAUUUUUAAAUACUAAUUCAGAUGAUCUGUAGAAAAAUAAUAGUUUGUAAUGGUUUGUUUUGUAAAAAUAAACCUGAAAUUAAUAUAAAUAAUAUGAUUCUGUGAAUAUGUUAUUGUUGAGUAGAUACUUUCUCUCAAAAUUAUUAAAUAAAUAUAGUAACAUUUCAUUUUGUAAUGUUUGAAGGAUAAGGUGUUUCUAGCAAGUCUCUUAGCAAGGAGACUAACAGAAUUCCAGGUCUUCCUGAAACAGUGAGGUAGCAGAAGGAAAACUAAGCAAUAUAUAAUUUCUUGUGUGUUUGUUUUUCUAAGUAAAACUUGAUACAUUUUUGGUCAUAUAGAAUAUAGUGAUGCAGAUUUGACAUGUAAGUUAAACCCAGGAGGAUUUUACAAGGGGUCAGGUGUAUUGGAGUGAUUGUACAGUCAACAGAAAACCGUAAAAAUUUUGAAUAGAGUGUUGGCUAUAAUUGUUAAGCAUUUGGAAAUGCAGGUUACAACAGAAUGUUCAACACCUAAAAUGAAGUCCUGAUUAUUAAGUUAAAUAUUAAGUAAGUAAAAUUCAGCAUUUUGAUGUCUUUUCUGGGUGGAUGUUUUUCUUAACAGCAUUCUGGCAAUGAACUUUGCUAGUGAAACUUGUAUGCCAGACUUUAAUAUUCACAUACUCAAAAUAAAAUAACCCACCACAAGAUAUGGGCUGGAAUCUAGAAGGUUUUAGGUAUUAAAGGGUAAGUAUUGUAAUUGUUCCUUUGAAUAGAUAGAUAAGCCCAAAGUACAGUGGAAAACCACACAUUCUUGUUACUGCAGUCCACUGUUACUCAAUGGAAUUGUCUGACUGUGAAAUGAGUUGCUAGAAUAAUUCCUAUGAUUAGUGUCCCAACACAAGUACUGAGCAAAAGAUAUGAAAGUGUGGAAACUCAGGCUGUGAUCCAGAGUUAAUUCAGUUAGCAGAGUAUCUUUGACAUAAUUGAGGCUACAGACCUAUCUAUCUGUGCCCUGUAUUGAAAGAUCUUGGUUUUAAAAGUAUUCUUCAAAAUUGUCUAUUUUGGGGAGUUUCUCCAUGUGAAUGGUUUAUUUUCCUUUACCCUCCGUCGUUGUUGCUGUUACUGUUAGUUUUUGUAUCUCAUUGCUGUUCUCAAUAAAUAGUUCUUGUCUCUCUUGGGCA